AUGGACCUGACAGAAGACUCUCCCUGCAUCAUCGGCUCAUCGUGUCGCCUCCCAGGUGAUAUCAUCAGGACAGACGGGCUCUGGGAUGUCUUCGAUCGAGGAAAUUGGGAAGCCUGCAGCACUCUGCCACCCGCGUCCCGUGGAUUUAAUUCCUAUCAGACAUCCCAUUCACCGUCUCAAUGCAGGGGCGGGUGGCUCGGAGUAGACGGUAUCGAGGAAUUCGACGCACAUUUCUUUGGUAUUCCACAGUCAGAGGCCCUUAAUCUCAGACCGAAUACUCGCCUCGCACUUGAACUCACUUGGGAAGCGUUAGAGAACGCCGGUAUACCGCCUUCAUCACUUCGCGGAAAAAACGUGUCGGUUUCGAUCGGUGUGGGUACGGAGGAUGGGUGGGACUUGAGACGGGUGAUCGAGGAUGGGACGGCGGCGUUCGACACGACUUGGGCUUCCAACAGUGAUCCGAGCGGUGUGGCAGGGCAUAUCGCGCAUAUAUUCGAUUUCUGUGGCCCAUGCAACACAGUCUCUAAUGCUUGUGCCAGUGGAGCUUUUGCGAUCAAGGAAGGUAUCCACUCACUCCUGCAAGAGGAUUCGGAAGUUGCGAUAGUUGGUUCGUUAGCGACACACUUUACGCCUGCCCCGUUCGGCUGGGCUGUCGCCUCCGGGGUUGCCUCUACGCAGGGACGCUCAUCAACCUUCUCACCGGACGCUGACGGAUAUUCACCAUCGGAAGGUGCCGUUUUCUUCGUGAUGAAAAGACAAAGCGGGGCUAUAUCCUCUGGAGAUUACGUCCAGGGUAUAUUCAGAUCAAUCGCCACGGGUCAUAAUGGCGCGACUCGAACUCUCAUGACCCCCAACGCCGACGCUCAAGCUGCGAUAAUAAGGAAGGCUCUCAAUUCAGCACACAUCGCACCUGGAGACAUUUCGUUACUGGAAGCUCACGGAACCGGAACUCCUGUGGGAGACGCUUUGGAGGCCGAGGGUAUUCGCACCGUAUUUGGAAAACGUGAGGGAGAACCCUUAUUUUUGUCAUCCUCGAAGACCGUAGUGGGCCACUGCCAUGGAUCAGCCGCUCUCGUCGGUAAGAUA